AUGGGAACUAAAGAAAUCUGUAUACUGGUCAUCGAUAAUGAUCCUGCGUGUUUUAAGAUUGUGGCCGAGAUGCUUCCAUGCUGCACUCAUAAAGUUUUGCAUUUUGAUCAGAUCGCCAACGCAUUAAACACCAUAUGGAAGAGCAAAGACAGGCUAGAAUUUGUUCUAACAAAUGUUCAAAGGUCAGAUACAAACAGAUUUGAGAUCAUUCAGCACAUAGAGAAAGAAUUCAAACUUCCCAUCAUUUCAAUAUCAUCGGAUGAAAACAAGAAAACUGUGCCACUAGGUUUGGAAAGUGGUAUUACGCUAUAUUUUCUGAAAUCUUUGAGCAUGAACAACGUUAACAACCUCAGACAUUUUGCAUAUGCGAGAGAGAAGGGUAAAUUGGUGGAACCUGAAAUUGCAGCCAGUGCUCAAAUGGCCUCAGCAACCGAGAAUGCAAUUGAUCAGGUGGGUACCAGAAAUGAAUCAUCUGUUGGUGAAGCAUUUGGAGGAUAUGAAAAGCAUAAGAGAAGAGAACUCAAAAGGACAGCUGAAAAAAGUGAAGAUAGUCCAAAUGACUAUCCAUGUGAAAAGAAGCAAAGGGUUGUUUGGACUGCUAAGAUGCAUAAUAAAUUUUUGGAAGCCAUUCAACAAUUAGGCCAUGAAAGGGCUUUUCCGAAGAAAAUAGUUGAAGUUAUGGAUGUCCCUGGAUUGACUAGAGAAAACGUUGCUAGUCAUUUACAGGUUUGUUCUUCCUUAGAUUUCAGAUGUUCUCCAAUUGUCGUUUCCACAUAUAUAUUUGAGCAGUAUAGAAUUCUUUGA